GCGUAACACGUGGUUUGUAGAAAUGCUAAUGCCAUGUUCAAGAACUGUGUUUUUGGCUAUUUUUUUGAGAUUUCAGUUAUAUAUACUCGUAUAUAAACAAUUAUAGAACAUAUUUAAAUAUCUGUAUAUUUAAAUUACAUUUAUAUAUACCACAAAUGGAUUUUCAAGAGAUUCCGCAUCGUUUUUUGAAGGGAAUAACUUUUGGAAUCUAUUCGUCCGAAGAAUUACGUAAAUUCAGCGUAAUUGAAAUUACAAGCAUUAAAACUUUUGACGCUCUCGGACAUCCAGCAGCAAAUGGCUUACAUGAUCCAGCUUUAGGCCCUUCUGAAUUCAAUGAACUCUGUAAAACGUGUGGACUAAGUCAAUUUCAUUGCCCCGGACAUUUUGGACAUAUUAAUUUGCCAUUGCCUGUUUUCAAUCCAUUUUUACUUACUAUUUUACAUAAAUUGUUGAGAGGAAGUUGUUUCAAUUGCCAUAGUCUUCUUGCGUCUCCGAUUGCUGUACAGUUAACGUUGGCUCAGCUUCGAGUUCUCGAUUAUGGACUUGUCGGAGUAGCUCAAGAAAUGCAACAAAUGGUUGCAGAGUUCCAAGAAAAAGAAUCUAUGUCAAAUAUUUUAUACAUAAAAGAUAAACUUGCAAAUCAUGUAAAUAAAGCUUUGGAAGGUUUAGAUUUGGAAGAAGCAAAAAAAUGUUCAUCGGUGAAAAAUGUUGUCGAAUGCCGUCAAAGAAUCGUCAAAAACUUUAUCAGAGAUCACUUACAGAAAAGUGGAAACAAAUGUUAUUAUUGUAGAACUGUUCAGAGGCCAUUAUCAUUAUAUUUUUUUAGUUGUUUAGUAUUUAAAGAAAAGAAAGCUAAAUCUUCUAAACCAUUACCUUCACAAUCUGUUGAGGAAGAAUGUGAUGACCAAGAACGGAAUGAAAAUGAAAAUAUUUCCAAAUUAAUCAGCAGUACUAAUCAAUCAUUAUUGACGGCCGUAGAGGCUCGAGAUCAUUUACGAAAACUGUGGGAUAAAGAAAGAACAAUUUUACAGAAAUUAUUUGGUAUAUCGAAUUUAGCCAUUGAUUCACACGAAUGUCCAUUAGAUAUGUUUUUCUUAGAAAAUGUAAUGGUUCCCCCCACACGAUUUCGACCUAUAUCUUUUAUGAAAGGAAAGAAGUUUGAAAAUCCUCAGACUGCUGCUUUGAAAAAUGUAAUACAUUCUUCAAUUGUUGUUCGGGAAUUAUUAAAGAGUAAGAAGGAAGGAAUAAAUUUAGCUUCUGCUAAAGAUGAUGCUUUGAAAUCUGUGCUAGCAACUGUUCCUGGCUCUAACGUUACAGAAAAACUUCACAGUGCAAGAAUUACAUUACAGUUGAAAGUUAAUGCCGUAACAGAUACUGAAAUGGAUAAAUUAAGUAAAGAAAAAUAUCCUGGUAUGAAACAGAUAUUAGAAAAAAAGGAAGGAUUAUUUCGUAAACAUAUGAUGGGGAAACGUGUUGAUUAUGCAGCGAGAUCAGUUAUUUCACCCGAUCCCUACAUAAUGUCUGAUGAAGUUGGCAUUCCUAUGGUAUUUGCUACAAAAUUAACUUAUCCACAGCCAGUUACUCCAUGGAAUAUUAGAGAACUGAGACAAGCUGUUAUUAAUGGACCUAAUGUUUAUCCAGGAGCUGUAUUAGUAAAGAAAGAAGAUGGUUCUGUUGUCAAGUUGAGUCCCACAAAUCACAUACAAAGAGAAGCAAUUGCAAAGAAGUUAUUGACGCCAUCACAUUUCAACAAAAAAUCACAGGGAAAUAAAAUCGUCUAUCGUCAUCUUCAGAGUGGUGAUAUCCUAUUAUUGAAUCGACAGCCAACUUUGCACAAACCUAGUAUUAUGGGUCACAGGGUACGAGUUUUACCAGGUGAAAAGACACUGAGACUCCAUUAUGCCAAUUGCAAGUGUUACAAUGCUGAUUUUGAUGGCGAGCCAACUUUGCACAAACCUAGUAUUAUGGGUCACAGGGUACGAGUUUUACCAGGUGAAAAGACACUGAGACUCCAUUAUGCCAAUUGCAAGUGUUACAAUGCUGAUUUUGAUGGCGAUGAGAUGAAUGUCCAUUUUCCUCAGAGUGAAUUAGCCCGUUCUGAAGCAUAUAAUAUUGCUAGUGUCAAUUAUCAAUAUUUGGUACCGAAAGAUGGCACUCCGCUGAGUGGUCUGAUUCAGGAUCACGUUGUAUCCGGUUCUCUGCUUAGCAUGAGGGGUACAUUUUUUACCAGAGAAGAUUAUCAAGAAUUAGUGUUUGGUGCGCUGACUUUUAUACAACGUCCUCUAAAACUUCUUCCACCUUGUAUCAUCAAACCCAAAGCACUUUGGUCAGGCAAACAGAUAAUCUCUACAGUUAUCAUUAAUAUUAUUCCAUUGGGAAAACCACCACCUACAAUUGAAGGAUCAGCAAAAAUAGCAGCUAAAAAUUGGCAGAACAAGACAAAUCAGAGAUAUAGUAUACCGUUAAUAGAAAGUAUGUCCGAAAGUACAGUGAUCAUUCGAUCUGGCGAAUUACUCUGUGGCGUAUUAGACAAAGCCCAUUACGGACCAACACCAUACGGUUUGGUACACUGUUGUUACGAAUUAUACGGUGGUCAAACUUCAACAUUACUUCUAACAUCUUUAGCAAGAUUAUUCACUCAUUACCUUCAAAUUCAUAUUGGAUUUACUUUAGGGAUAGAAGAUAUUACCGUGACUUCGAAGGCAAACAAGAAGAGAUGGAAAAUUAUGAAAUCGGCUAAAAAAGUGGGCGACAAGACCAUUGCGGAGGCUCUUGACGUCACCGACUAUACAAAUAAAUCAGAAAUUAUAAGUAAAUAUCAGGAUGCGCAUCUUAGCAAAAAUGAUCUCGGGAGAAAGCAAAUCGAUGCCGCAAUGAAGACGGAAACCGAUACAUUUAAUAAUGAGAUUAAUAAAAUCUGUAUUCCCGACGGUUUAUGGAAGAAAUUUCCACAAAAUAAUCUUCAGUUGAUGAUUCAGUCAGGAGCCAAGGGUUCUUCUGUGAAUGCUAUGCAAAUAUCUUGUCUGUUGGGACAGAUUGAAUUAGAAGGAAAAAGGGUUCCUUUAAUGAUUAGCGGCAAAUCAUUACCAUCUUUCUUGCCUUACGAUACCACUCCGAGAGCCGGCGGUUUUGUGGAUGGAAGAUUUUUGACCGGAAUAAGACCCCAAGAAUAUUUCUUUCACUGCAUGGCUGGACGUGAAGACGUUCUUAAAGGAAUUAUAAACGAGAUCAUCAUAGAAGACUUUCGGGCCUAUUGCGGGCCCCGAACGUUAAACUAAGGAUCAUCGUUGGUACAGAGGAUCAACAGGAACACCGUAAGUGCUUUUAACAAACUUUAUAUCAAUCCGGAGCUCUCAUACGGAGUAUUGGCGUUUUCUAUGGGGAUCAGAACAAAGACUAUUGUUCUCCGGGAACCACGUGGACCUGGUCUUCGCUCCUAUUGAGUAGUCUCUUUUGUGCGUUAUAUCAAUGGAAUCAACAAUUCAAGCUCUAUAC